AUUUGAGCAGUGAGCAGUAGUCCAAAACUAAGGGUCCUGAUCCCAGCUUAAUUGGAAUCUCUUAGGGUUCUCCUGAAGAUGUGAUGGAUCAAGGAAACCUUGUUGGCUUUCUGGGAGUUGUACCACUAAUUGAAGAUUAUUUGAUGAUCAGUAAAUUCCCUGAGAUUGGAUCAGUUUUCAUCUGCACCUAGGUUCUCUUUGAUAUCUGCAAUCCAUGGGGGAGUGGGUUAUUGGGGCAUUUAUCAACAUCGUUGGUAGCAUAGCCAUAAACUUUGGGACAAACCUUCUCAAGUUGGGUCAUGACCAGAGAGAAAGACUUUCUAUGCUAAACAAUGAUGGAACCACUAGCAAAAUUGUCUCAAAGCCAAUCAUAUACUUUCAGACUUGGAGAGUUGGUAUUUUGUUUUUCGCACUUGGGAAUUGUCUUAACUUCAUUUCCUUUGGUUAUGCUGCACAGUCACUUCUUGCAGCCCUUGGAUCUAUUCAGUUCAUAUCAAAUAUUGCCUUCGCAUACUUUGUUUUGAACAAGUUGGUGACUGUGAGGGUGCUUGUUGCCACAGCUUUUAUUGUUGUUGGAAAUGUCUUUCUUGUUGCUUUUGGCAACCAUCAGUCACCUGUUUACACUCCAGAGCAGUUGGCAGGGAAGUUUAGCAAUGUAAUAUUCCUUCUUUAUUGCCUGUUUUUGAUAUUGGUGGUUGCCGUGCAUCAUUUCAUUUACAGGCGAGGAGAACUUCUGCUUGCCGUUUCUGGACUUGACUUGAGCCAUUAUUGGCAUAUGUUGCUGCCCUUUUCCUAUGCUGUAGUUUCUGGUGCUGUAGGAUCAUGCUCGGUGUUGUUUGCAAAAUCCCUGUCCAACCUUCUCAGAUUGGCAAUGUCCAAUGUUUAUCAGUUGCAUAGCUGGUUCACAUACUCCAUGCUGCUUUUGUUUCUUAGUACAUCUGGUUUUUGGAUGGCAAGGUUGAAUGAAGGAUUGUCAAUCUUUGAUGCAAUCCUGAUUGUCCCCAUGUUUCAAAUAGCUUGGACCUUCUUCUCCAUUUGUACAGGAUUUGUGUAUUUCCAGGAAUAUCAGGUUUUUGAUGCAUUAAGGACAACAAUGUUUAUCCUGGGAAUGAUGUCUGUGUUCAUAGGCAUUUCUUUGCUGGCGCCUGAUGAGUCAAAAGUUGUCGAAGCCAAGGAUUCUUCUUUUUUGGGUUCUUCCACAUCUGCAAGCCUUACCCCUGAUACGGACAGGCUGCUCAAAUUACCAUCUGAGGAGGUAGAACAUAACGGCUUGGAUUCAUUUGGGGAAGCAAUUUUGACAAAAGCUAGAACAAUAGUAACAAAGGCAAAGACUGCUUGUACACUUUCAUUAGGCCUAGGAGAUGAUUCAAUGAAUGCAUCUUCGGUUCUUGUAAUGCCCAUGGUGUCCUCAAGGAUGACGGGAUUUAGAGGAACUGGUAUUGAACGGUCUAAGCUUUUCUUCUCAAAAAGUGGUGGUUGGAGUAAGAUUUCAAUGGAUGAGGAGGACAUGGAAUUGCUGGAGACGAGUUCUAUUAUCUCACAGAGCCAUGGGUAGAGGUAGCAAUACUUCUUAAUGUUCAUCGGGGACAUUCAUUUUUUUUAAUUGCUUACAUUCUUGUAUAUAGAAAAUGGUUUCUUUCUCUCUCCUUUGACUUUUUUUUUUGCUCCCUCAUUUUUGGAGCCUUGAGGUGUAAUUGAUAAAAUUCUUGAUAUCAUACUCUUUGAACUUUGAAGUUGUUUCUAUUUCUGGGAUCCCAUUACU